UCCGCAAACGGAUCUCCGAUUUCUCUCCGGGAGUUUAAAAUUCAUCAGUAUGGGCUGCUGCUCGGAUAUCAAGUUUCACGGGUACUUUAUUGGGCUGUUGGCCGGCCUGCUCGAGCUGGUUUCGCUUGGCCUGUCCGUGUACUUGGCGUUGGGUGAAGGCAGUGAUGACUCGGAAUUGCCGCAGGAUUUGUUGGAUUUGGCGAGUUCUUCUCCUUUGGAUUACGUUGGAGACGUUGCGAUACUGGUUUCGGUUGGAUUACUAUUUUAUGGAAUUUAUAAGGAAAAUCGCUGCUGCCUCAUCCCGUUCACGGUUGCCAUCUGCUACGAUUGGAUUUCCUACUUGGCCUACAACAUUGACCGCUCGAUGCCUUAUCACGUGUGGCUGGUCACUACCGCAUUUUUUGUUUACAUUUUCGUCGCGAUGCUCAGCCUGUUUAUACUAUUUGGAAUAAAUGUUAAAACGACCAAAACGGAGCAAUUUGUAAAAUUCGGAAGCGAUAACCUCGUCUAGCUGAAUUGCCUAUUUUUUAGUGCUAUUCGGAAGCCAGUGUAAAUACCUCGUAGUACUACCAUGUAAGUUAUUUAUUA